AUGACCAAGCCCAAACAGAAAAGGGGCUCCUCCUUCCGCUGCCUGGAUCCACGGCUCCCUCGGCUGGGAUGGGGCAUGGUCUUCGUCCACUCAAAACCCACAGACAAGGCCGAGUGUGCCUCCGUCUCCAGAGUGCCACCUGUCUUCCACUUCAACCCACGGCACUGCGAGCAACUCAAAAACCAUUAUUUGAAAAGUGCAGCCGCCAACCUUUCCUUCUCUCAAGAUGUGAGGUGGCAGCGAGGACUGCCCAGCAUGCCUUUCAGCCAGUACAGUUUUAAGCACAUCUACAACACAGAAGACAUCGUGCCACCUCUGCAGACCAGGAAGAUCCAAACUAAGAAACCCGAGCGCACUAGGAUUCUGUAUACUACAACCCUCUUGCCAGAAGUCAUCACUCACUUUACAAAGACAUAUACCUCAGCCCUCUUUCCGGAAGACCUCACUGGCUUUGCAAAGACACGAAAGUCUGAUGGUUCUAAAAAGGUGAAACCAAAGCCCGAAGGCCCGGAGCAGAAAGCAUUUCCUGGACAAAGUCGCUAUCACAAAUUAAAGCCAUCUCUGCUGGACCUGACACCCUCUCUAGAUGAGAGUCUGGAAGAAAGGGAAACCUGGCUUCCACCCGCUGAGAAGGAAGCCCGAGGCUGGGAAGCCAUCGUGUUAGAGAAGCUGGACAAGCGCACCUCGCGAUGGAUCCAGAGCAAACGACCAGUGAGACGGGGACAAUCGCCCAACAAAUGGCAGCCCUUUCUGCGCCAGCAGUACGACUGGAGCCACAUUCGGGAAGAGCUCACUUCGUCCAGUGACUUGGAGCUCCUCAAAAAACUGGAAGCAGAAGAGACAGCAGAGUUUAUGGGUGAAAGUGCCCCGCCGCCACCAAAGGAAAUAAAGAAGCCAGAGCUGCUGCUUCCGGUUUACUUUAGGUUACCUGGCUACUCCCCACACAUAUACGCUGCUGAAACCCUCGGCAACAACAUGACAGCCAAGUGGAUCCUAGAAGAGAGAAGCAACAUCCAGUAUCUCCCUAAGAACCCCUUCCGGCAGGUGAACCCCAAAGCUGGAGAAUAUGCUUACUCUACAGACAAUGCCUUUGAGCAGGAGAUUUACUUUGAUGGAGUGAAUAUCGUUCACCAGAUUGGUGGGAGGAAAGACCAAAUUGUCCUGGAAAACCUCAAUCGGUAUGACAAGCACCUGACUAAGGUCUUCCCCGAAACCCCAGAGAAGUGGAGCCUCCAGCCUUUUCCUGAAAUGCCUUAUAAAUUCAAGAAAGGAAUCCAGCGUUGGACUGCACUGCCAACCCAGGCCAAGGGCCUUCUGCUGCAAGUAGGGGAGGAAGACCCAUCUGCCAAGACUAGGAGACAAAAGAAGCAGGUCACACCCCUGAAGGAGAAUGUGACUUGGGAGCUGACAGUCCUGAGGAAGAUGCUGCAAGAGUGGAAGACUUCCUGGGCACUCAUUAUUGAAUGGCAUCAUGAGACGGUGGAGAACCUUCUACGGGGCAUACAAAGCAUGUACGAUGACAUUAGGAUCCAGGCCAUCACCACAUGUGCUACCGCUGUUUUAGAAAGGCCCCGGGUUGCCGCCACCCCGGAGGACCCAGGACCAAUCAUUGUGGACUUGCCAGAGGUCCUUCUGUCCGCUUUAGAGACUGCUCUGUCCGACAGCAAUCCGAAUGUGAGGAUGGCAGCAGCAAUAUGCCAGUAUUCCAUACAGUCACAUAAUCCCACUGCCCAGGACAUCAUGGAGACAGCCCUCACGAAGGGUAACAGUGUGGACAGCUGGGCUGCAGCGCAGUGCUUGGCCCUGACAGGCAUCGCCACCUAUCCAGUGAUUAAGAGGAUUCUCCACCAGCUUUUCUACAAGAAUAACGAGGCUACCGAGAAACAGGCUUGUGAGCUCCUGAACCAUCUCAGGGUUAAUUCGACCCUGAUCCACACGAUGCUUGCUGUGGAGCUGAACAGCAGGCAAUGGAGGGACCGCAUCGUGGCCUGCCGUGCUUUCUCUCAGAUCAGUGGAAAAGUCUGCAUAGAUAUGAAACAGAAAAUAAUCCAGCUGAUGUGGAAUGACUGGAACAAGGAAGUAAGGCAGGCAGCGGCCAAAGCCCUGGGGCAAAUGAAUCUUGGCAAAGAAGUACAUGACAUGAUCAGAAUUAAACUGUGCCAAGGAAAUUCCCAGGAGCGGAUCAAGGCCCUCUCCCUGAUCCGAGGGCUUAAAAUCAUGACCGCCAAGCUCCUCCCAAGCUUCCUGACCUGCCUCUCUGAUGAGUUCACAGGAAUUCGACAGGCAGCUUGCUUGGCAGCAGGUGCCUUAAAGAUCCGUGACGAGAUGGUGCUUGAACGCCUCCUGAAUCUGAUGCUCACAGAUCCUUACUGGAAAAUCAAGGCUUUUGCCAUUCGAGCUUUGGGACAGAUUGGACAAGUGAGUCCCCAGCUAACAAAUAACUUGCUCUGGGCUGUCCACUACGAAGAUGCUCCAGGAGUACGGCUGGAAGCUUGCCGGAGCAUCCAAGCCCUUAACCUUCAAGGGGACAAGGUCAGGGACACUUUCUUAGAUGUGCUGCUCCUGGAAAAGCACGAGGCUGUUCUUACGGAAAUUGACCAGACAAUGACAGUACUCAACUUAGAGAAAGAAGGAAAUCAAGAAAUGAUCCAGGAGAUCAAGAACAAGAUCCAAACACUAAACCAAAAGGACUUGCUGACAGAGAAAAUACUGAAGAUUGAACUGGCCAUACAAAACUUGAAAAAUACAGCUAAAUGGGUUUACUCGCAACCCAAGGAGGGCCAGAAACCACUGGAAUUCUACACUUUUCUUCAAAACUUCAAAACUUCUCAGAGUGAAGAGGCUCUUCUCAGGCCUGAGGUUCUCGACACUGAAAAAAUCAUAAAGAAUGUGAUGCCCAAGGUGCCAAACCCCUGGCUCCAGAGUCCCGUCGUCGGGCUCCCCACACACAGAAACCGCUCACCGUAUUUCAGGGACCUACGGACUGCCCGGGAAAAAAGGAUUGAAAGAGGACCCUUCGAAUAUGACCCGGUUUUGCAGUCGGACUCAUUCCUCAAAGAAGAUUGUCUUCCAACACCAAGUCUUCUUUCCUUUCGGGGAAGCCAGCUCCUGUCUAGGCUGAAUGACUCUUAUGAUCUUUGACACUGGCAGAAGUGGACAAGGCAUGUUCUGUCAUUUCCACUGAUACUCAACGAUGUUCUCAGUAUGUUUACAAAGAUAAAGUACUUACUUAUCAAUCAACUUUA